UAAAAACGUACUUCAUCCAACAAAAAUUUUGCUAUAUUUAUAUGAAAAAAGCUUUAGCACCCAAAUUUGUUCCUUUUAUAUCAGGUAAUCUGUGGCUUAUAAGUCCAUUUUCUAGUAGUGUGACAAAGUUUGCUUUACUGAACAUAUGUAAAGAGGAAUUCCUGUUCACUUGCCAAUGAAUGAGUGUAAGGGAUUCAGAAGUGCACUAUAUACAAUCGACACUGGACAAAAUGACUUGGCAGAGUCUUUCUUUUAUCUUCCACAGGCACAAGUUAUUCAAAGAAUCCCAUCCUUCAUCGCUGAAAUCAAAGCUGCUAUUUUGAGUUUACACCAACAUGGUGGUAAAUAUUUUUGGGUGCACAAUACUGGACCGCUGGGUUGCUUACCCCAAAAGCUUGCCGGAAAUGUUGAUAACCAUGACUGCCUCAAGUUUCUCAAUGACGCUGCAAAAGCAUUUAACAAGCAAUUUCAUACUCUGUGUGAAGAGCUGAGAUCACAAAUGAGGAGGGCUAUUAUUGCGUACGUGGAUAUAUAUGCCAUCAAAUACGACCUCAUAGCCAAUUCAGCUAAAUAUGGUUCAAUUCCAAUUUCAAUAUUACGUGCGGCCAACCGGGUUCCAACGUUUGCAGCCGAGGAUCAAAGUUCAUAAGCUGGGAUGGAGUUCACUAUACAGAAGCCGCCAACAAAAUUUUUGCCUCGAAAAUACUGUCUACUAAUUAUUCCACUCCUCCAAUAAAGUUGGACUAUUUUUGCAAUGCCUAAACAAUAUGUGUUUCACAGAUGUACCUUUCUCUAGCUUGAGCCUAUACUUCAAACACUUACAUUG